AGUCAGGGAUUUGGUGGGAGAUUUGUCUCUGAUCGGUUUCUGAGUAGUGGCAACAUUGUUGGCCAUACUUUCAGAUUUUUCCAUUGGAUAAUCCGCAUUUAUCCGCAGUGCUCGGCUGCUCGGCCUAUCUGUUUUCUCCCUCGUUAGUCGUAGUGUUGUGACGGCAUUGGCGUACGAUACCAUUGCAGUAUCAUGACCCAAUGAAUCAGGAUGCAUCCUCGCACAUUCACAAAAAUAACCCAAAAGUUGUGAAUAGAUUUACCAGACAAUUUUUUUAUACUUUAAUUGGCCAUCGAUAUUACCGGGCGUUAUUUGUGGAAUAACCUGUAUAUCGUUAUUUUGAAUUGUUUUUUUUUCGUGAGUGAAGUGGCUAGAUUCAUGAAAACAGUGGAAAAUCGUGGGGUGUGAGUAGAGAUGGCAGAUUUCGAUGCUAUUUAUGAGGAGGAAGAGGAGAGUGAACAAAAUUCGGAGGAUCAUUAUGUGACUAUUGUGCCAGAUCCAAUAGUAGUUCGUGGGGCUGGUAACAUGACAGUGUUUGGACUGAGUAACCGAUUCGAGGCUGAAUUUCCAAACGGUCUGGUUUCAAGAGUUGCACCUGAGGAAUUUAAAGCCACGGUCAUGCGGGUUAAUAGUGUACUGAAGAAAACAUUACCUGUUAAUGUUAAAUGGCUUUUCUGUGGCUGUGUUUGUUGCUGUUGCACGUUGGGAUGUUCAUUAUGGCCAGUCGUUUGUUUGAGUAAAAGAACCCAGCAUUCAUUGAAUAAAUUACUUGAGUGGGAGAAUAGUCGACUUUACCAUAAACUGGGAUUACAUUGGAGAUUGACGAAGCAGAGGUGUGAUAGUUCUUCGAUGAUGGAAUACGUACUUCUAAUCGAGUUUAUUCCGAAAAUCCCCAUAUAUAGACCUGACUAGACCUCACAACGUCAUUUUGCGAACAGAUUCAAAGAUCAAUCGUCGACAUUUCACCGGAGCAAUGAGCUCAAAAUAACAGCAAAGCUGCAAUACGAUGAGAGAGAAUAUUUUUGUAAAUAUAAAUAACAAAACUAAACAUACCAUGGUGCGUUGCAGAUACAUCGGGUAAUGGAUUGAUAUUAACUCACCUGAAACAUUGGGGUUGAGGAUUUGCCUCUGUGUGGUUUGUGAAAAAUAGUGCGUAAAUUUUUAUACAAAUGCGAGAUACAUUCGAAGUCAACAGUUUAUUACACAUCACAUUCAUUAUUUUUCGUCGUUAAGAGAAAAUGUAGAUAGUUAUAACUACUGUUAUGGCCACUGACGUAAUGAAGCGUAGACGUGUUGUGUGUUUAUUCACGAAACAUCGAAUGGGUUUUAUAGUAUUGAUCAUUCAAAUUCGAAAUUAUGGAUGAAGGGUGGUUUAUUUCGACGAAUUUCAAAUUGUCCGUCAGUUCUAUUCAAUUUUUACAGAAUUGAAUGAUCAAAUAUCGUCAAAAAAUUACAAUGAAACUGUUUAUCACAUUUUCAAUUAGUUUUGAUUCCACGAGGUGAUAGAUAGUGAUAGAAAAAUGAUAAGACACUCAUUUGUACCAUACGUGCUAUUCUUUAAGGUGUGCUUAAGGGCAGAUAACUGUGAGUUUUCCAAAUCAUGAGUCCUUUAAACUGAGGAGUUAAUAGUUUAUUUAUAGAUUUAAUUUGUGCAGACUGAGCAUUAUCGAUCAGAAAUCAUCGUUCAUUGUUUUUUCGAAUUAAUUGACAUUCGUCGUAGAAAAGAUGUUCAAGGCAGUGCAAUAUUUUCUAUAUUUUUUUCGUGCUUUUUAAAACAGAAUAUAAUGUGUGUUUUCUUAGUCAAUACAUACUGUUCAGAGAUUUACAUCUAAGAUCCGUAUUUAUCAUCUGUUAAAUGUUAUGUCCAUUAUUUUCGAAUGAAUCGUCGUUAAAAUUCCGUUAAAAAAAAUGUGAACUGUGUCGUAAAAGUUAUGCGCACUCUACCAUUGUCGCAGGUCCUCAAUUCAAUUAUUCAUCACGUUAAAAAUCUCACAGUUGGCUGGCCUUGAUCUUCUGUAAUGUUAUUUGUGUCAUUUAUAUAUUAUAAAGCAUAUUUUCGCCUCAUUGAAUUCGUUCAUCGCACUGAGAACACACGUUGCGCGUAGUCUUUCAUCUCAGUUGACAUUUUCAUGAAAUCUUGAUAACAGGAUAGAUCGGCCAUGGUUUCAAAAGUAAUUUCUGUCCUUAGAGGGCUGUGAUGAGAAUAAAGACUAGCGUUAUGAUUUGUUUGGUAUCAAAGGCCUUUUUACAUAUGAUACAGGAUUUAUGUUAUCGGUAGCAGCGUUUGGAAAUGUAGAGAUGAAAUUUUGGAAAGUUUUCAACGAACGUUUGCCGUAUUGUUUUACAUUUGUAGUGUUCGCAGAAGCAAUAAAUCAUCGCAGAAUUGAUGAAUUCAUUAUAAGAAAGCAUCUUAAAUUAGCUAAAACUAUAUUUUUAAUUGUACAAAUAAUAUGAUAAGUAUUACAACGCAGACAGUGGAACACAAUCCCCGAGAAUUUUUUUCGUUACUCGCAAAUUGUUGAUGAAUUAUGGGAAAAACACGUCAGCGAGAACAUGAAACAUUUGGCGCAAGUGGAUGAUCACUUAAUGCCUGAGUAAAAGAUAUCAUUUGAACGAAUAGUAGUCGUUCGUCAUCGAGUAAAAUCCCUGAAAAAAAAACUGAUUAAAUUAUAAACGUGGUGUCGACGUGUGCCUUUGCUCAUGAAUCAUUUUUUGAGAACGUAAUGUAUAGUCAUCAGUUCCUAAAAAAGGUAAUUGUAAAUAAUUCAUUGUAUCAGUUGUAAUCGAACGCUUACACCGUAGGAUUAUAGAUAAUUCGUCAUAUCAGAAGGGCCAGGGAGCGUAAUUGAACAUAAUUCAUCGUUCUGCUUGCUGUUGACAGCAUAACAAGAGCAGAGUAACGUGAUAAUGAGUGAAUAAAGUAAAAUGAAAAUGAAA